AUGCAGAGUUUGGGGAUUAACUCUGCUAUUAAGCUACUUACUUAUUCAGAUGAGCUUUCUGAGGGGAAACCGUUGUAUGUUUCUUCCAAUGGUCUUCCUGUGAAGGCUUUGAACCGUGAACCUGCUGGUCAUUCUUUCCAUUCUGCUGCUCUCAAACUUCUUUGUUGUGCAGAGGACAAAAAAGAAGAUUCCUCUGCAUCUCCUAAGAAAGACGCUAACAACAAUGAAGUGGAAGAUAUUCCUUCUUAUGAAACGUACAAGAACACCAGCACCAAUAAGGGAAAGAAGAAGAAGUCAGGUAAGGAACAAGAACAGCUUGAUCACUAUGCCUUGUUGGGUUUGGGCAGUUUAAGGUAUCUUGCAACAGAGGAUCAGAUUAGGAAAAGCUAUCGUGAGGCUGCUCUGAAGCUUCCUCCUGAUAAACCUUCUGCUGCUCUUCUUCUUUCUGACGAGAGUGAUGAAGCGAAGCAAGCUAAGAAAGAAGCCAUUGAAUCUCACUUGAAAGAAAGACUCAAGUUGAUCCAAGAAGCAUAUGAGCUUCUCAUGGACCCAACUAAGAGAAGAAUAUUUGAAUCUACUUAUGAGUUUGAUGACGCAGUCCCAAGUGACUGUGCUCCUAAAGACUUCUUCAAGGUGUAG